CUUAUAAACACAAAUAAAUAUUUUGACAUUACAGAGUUAUGUUGUGAUCUUCAAUAUGAUUUAAGAAGAGGAUAAAGAAUGAAUUAAACUGUCUAGAGAGCACAGACAGAGAUGAAAAUGAAACAUAGACCACUAAAACCAGUUCUGUUUUGAUUUAAAAGUCUAGAUUUAGGAAGCAGCUGCAGUUUUUGUUCAGGAAGUCACUCUUCUGUGUCUGAAGUGACACUUGGCUGGACGUUUCUAUCACGAUGUCCUCUCAUCUGUGUGCUCUAACCCUGUUUGUUCUUUGUGGUGUGUUUGGUGAUACAGAUGAAGUGAAGUCAGUGUCAGUGACUGAAGGAGAUUCUGUCUCUCUAAACACUGAUGUUACUGAAAUACAGAGAGAUGAUCAGAUUCUGUGGAUGGUUGGACCUAAAGAGACGAGGAUAGCUGAAAUCCACAGACAGAACCUUUAUAUAGAUGCCACUAAUACAAUAUUUGAGAAAAGACUCCAGUUGGACAAUCAAACUGGAUCUCUGAUCAUCAGAAACAUCAGAACUGAACACACUGGACUUUAUAAACUAACAAUCAUCAACAAAGAAAGAGGAACUUCAUACAAGAAGUUCAAUGUUUCUGUCUAUGCUCUUCUUCCUGUUCCUGUCAUCAUCAGAGACUCUUCUCGAUGUUCAUCAACAGAAACAUCAUCAUCAGUGUCUAAAUGUUCAUUCCUGUGUUCAGCUGUGAAUGUGAGAGAUGUGACUCUCUCCUGGUACAAAGGAAACAGUUUAUUGUCCAGCAUCAGUGUGUCCGAUCUCAGCAUCAGUCUCUCUCUACCUCUGGAGAUUGAGUGUCUGGAUGAUUCCUACAGUUGUGUUGUUGCUUAUUCAUUCAUCAACCGAACUACACAUCUCAACAUCACUGAUCUCUGUCAGACAUGUCCAGACUCUGUUCAUUGUUGUGGUUCUACUGAAGCUGUGAUCAGAUUGGUCAUCUCUGCUCUGGUGGGCGUGGCUUCAGUUGCUGCUGUAGUUUAUGACUUCAGAUCUGGAUGAGCUCAGUAAAACAGAACAUAAAUCUAACUGCAUGUAUUAGAAAAACAAAACGUGUUAAAUGUUCUAAUGACGAGGUGCACAAAACCUUUCAGAAUCAGCUGUUUUGGGUUAAUUUUGGGUUGUGUUUGAUUUUGAAUUUCUUUUGUGAAUGUGAUCAGCAACCUUGUGGGUUUCAACAAUGUUUAUUUUCCUUCAUUUGCAAUAUUAAAAAAAAAUACAAUGUUAUCUAAAGGUCAGUAUAGAAAGAAGCAGAAAAACAACAACAG